CCGCGCGCGAGGCGGAGGCAGGCUGCGCGGCGCGGCGCGAGGCCGCGGAGGCCGCGGCGACCGCGAUCCAGGCGGCGUUCCGCGGGCAUGCCGUGCGGGAGUCGCGCCCCGCGCGAGAGACCCCUGCGGCGCCAGAGGUGGCCGCGGCGGCUCCGCAGCCAGAGCCGCUCACAGUCGGAGCCCGGCUGGACCAGAGUGCAGCCUUGUCCACGCCGCCGAGGCUUGCGUUCGGCCUCGGCACGCCUGCGGCACUGCGGGCGUCUGGGGUCGGAGCCUCCAUGCUGUGUGGGCCCAUGAUCAUGCCUGGCCGUGCAGGGCCGUCCCCCAGCCUUGCAGAGCUGUAUGGCGAGGAGGCGGCUCGCCCGCUGGGCGCGAGUGCCGCGCGAGCGUCGGAGCACACGCAGGUCGCAGCAGCUCAGGAGGCCGCGGCGACCGUGAUCCAGGCGGCCUUCCGCGGGCAUGCCGCGCGGGCACCGUGCGCCGCGCGCGGGGCGGAGGCAGGCUGCGCGGAGCGGCGCGAGGCCGCGGCGACCGCGAUCCAGGCGGCGUUCCGCGGGCAUGCCGUGCGGGAGUCGCGCCCCGCGCGAGAGCCCCCUGCGGCGCCAGAGGUGGCCGCGGCGGCUCCGCAGCCAGAGCCGCUCACAGUGGGAGCCCGGCUGGACCAGAGUGCAGCCUUGUCCACGCCGCCGAGGCUUGCGUUCGGCCUCGGCGCGCCUCCGGCAAUGCGGGCGUCUGGGGUCGGAGCAUCCAUGCUGUGUGGGCCCAUGAUCAUGCCUGGCCGUGCAGGGCCGUCCCCCAGCCUUGCAGAGCUGUAUGGCGAGGAGGCGGCUCGCCCGCUGGGCGCGAGUGCCGCGCGAGCGUCGGAGGACACGCAGGUCGCAGCAGCCCAGGAGGCCGCGGCGACCGUGAUCCAGGCGGCUUUCCGCGGGCACGCCGUGCGGGCACCGUGCCCCGCGCGAGAGCCCCCUGCGGCGCCAGAGGUGGCCGCGGCGGCUCCGCAGCCAGAGCCGCUCACAGUGGGAGCCCGGCUGGACCAGAGUGCAGCCUUGUCCACGCCGCCGAGGCUUGCGUUCGGCCUCGGCGCGCCUCCGGCAAUGCGGGCGUCUGGGGUCGGAGCCUCCAUGCUGUGUGGGCCCAUGAUCAUGCCUGGCCGUGCAGGGCCGUCCCCAAGCCUUGCAGAGCUGUAUGGCGAGGAGGCGGCUCGCCCGCUGGGCGCGAGUGCCGCGCGAGCGUUGGAGGACACGCAGGUCGCAGCAGCCCAGGAGGCCGCGGCGACUCAGAUCCAGGCGGCCUUCCGCGGGCAUGCCGCGCGGGCACCGUGCGCCGCGCGCGGGGCGGAGGCAGGCUGCGCGGAGCGGCGCGAGGCCGCGGAGGCCGCGGCGACCGUGAUCCAGGCGGCGUUCCGCGGGCAUGCCGUGCGGGAGUCGCGCCCCGCGCGAGAGCCCCCUGCGGCGCCAGAGGUGGCCGCGGCGGCUCCGCAGCCAGAGCCGCUCACAGUCGGAGCCCGGCUGGACCAGAGUGCAGCCGUGUCCACGCCGCCGAGGCUUGCGUUCGGCCUCGGCACGCCUCCGGCACUGCGGGCGUCUGGGGUCGGAGCCCCUGUGCUCUGUGGGCCCAUGAUCAUGCCUGGCCGUGCAGGGCCGUCCCCAAGCCUUGCAGAGCUGUAUGGCGAGGAGGCGGCUCGCCCGCUGGGCGCGAGUGCCGCGCGAGCGUUGGAGGACACGCAGGUCGCAGCAGCCCAGGAGGCCGCGGCGACCGUGAUCCAGGCGGCCUUCCGCGGGCACGCCGCGCGGGCACCGUUCGCGCCCCGCGCGAGAGCCCCCUGCGGCGCCAGAGGCGGCCGCGGCGGCUCCGCAGCCAGAGCCGCUCACAGUCGGAGCCCGGCUGGACCAGAGUGCAGCCGUGUCCACGCCGCCGAGGCUUGCGUUCGGCCUCGGCACGCCUCCGGCACUGCGGGCGUCUGGGGUUGGAGCCUCCAUGCUGUGUGGGCCCAUGAUCAUGCCUGGCCGUGCAGGGCCGUCCCCCAGCCUUGCAGAGCUGUAUGGCGAGGAGGCGGCUCGCCCGCUGGGCGCGAGUGCCGCGCGAGCGUCGGAGGACACGCAGGUCGCAGCAGCCCAGGAGGCCGCGGCGACUCAGAUCCAGGCGGCCUUCCGCGGGCAUGCCGCGCGGGCACCGUGCGCCGCGCGCGGGGCGGAGGCAGGCUGCGCGGAGCGGCGCGAGGCCGCGGAGGCCGCGGCGACCGUGAUCCAGGCGGCGUUCCGCGGGCAUGCCGUGCGGGAGUCGCGCCCCGCGCGAGAGCCCCCUGCGGCGCCAGAGGUGGCCGCGGCGGCUCCGCAGCCAGAGCCGCUCACAGUCGGAGCCCGGCUGGACCAGAGUGCAGCCGUGUCCACGCCGCCGAGGCUUGCGUUCGGCCUCGGCGCGCCUCCGGCACUGCGGGCGUCUGGGGUCGGAGCCCCUGUGCUCUGUGGGCCCAUGAUCAUGCCUGGCCGUGCAGGGCCGUCCCCAAGCCUUGCAGAGCUGUAUGGCGAGGAGGCGGCUCGCCCGCUGGGCGCGAGUGCCGCGCGAGCGUUGGAGGACACGCAGGUCGCAGCAGCCCAGGAGGCCGCGGCGACUCAGAUCCAGGCGGCCUUCCGCGGGCAUGCCGCGCGGGCACCGUGCGCCGCGCGCGGGGCGGAGGCAGGCUGCGCGGAGCGGCGCGAGGCCGCGGAGGCCGCGGCGACCGUGAUCCAGGCGGCGUUCCGCGGGCAUGCCGUGCGGGAGUCGCGCCCCGCGCGAGAGCCCCCUGCGGCGCCAGAGGUGGCCGCGGCGGCUCCGCAGCCAGAGCCGCUCACAGUCGGAGCCCGGCUGGACCAGAGUGCAGCCGUGUCCACGCCGCCGAGGCUUGCGUUCGGCCUCGGCACGCCUCCGGCACUGCGGGCGUCUGGGGUCGGAGCCCCUGUGCUCUGUGGGCCCAUGAUCAUGCCUGGCCGUGCAGGGCCGUCCCCCAGCCUCGCAGAGCUGUAUGGCGAGGAGGCGGCUCGCCCGCUGGGCGCGAGUGCCGCGCGGGGGUCGGAGGACACGCAGGUCGCAGCAGCCCAGGAGGCCGCGGCGACCGUGAUCCAGGCGGCCUUCCGCGGGCACGCCGCGCGGGCACCGUGCGCCGCGCGCGGGGCGGAGGCAGGCUGCGCGGAGCGGCGCGAGGCCGCGGCGGCCGCGGCGAUCGCGAUCCAGGCGGCGUUCCGCGGGCAUGCCGUGCGGGAGGCGGGGCUCGCGGGCGGCUCCGCGCACGGUUCCUGCAGCCCUGC